UGAAGGAGCACGAGUGUAUAGUCUUCCAGCCGGUCAGCCAGCCAGUCAUUCAGAUGAACUAUGAAAGGGAAUAAUUUUGAUACAAACCUAUAAAACACAAAGAUAAACAAGAGGAACCAGAGAGAAAGAAGGAAGGGGCCAUCCUGACAGAGUUGAGGAUGAUGGCAGAGGGGCGUUUUGCGAGUCUGCCCAGAUCCCUCCAUGCACACCACACCCUGGAAGGAGGCACCACCCACCCUGGAGUCCCCUCCCCCUCCCUCGGUGUCCCCAGCAGCAGCACCUACUCGUCCAGGAGGCUGCAGGCUUCCCUUGCCUCCUCCAUGGACCUCCUCAGCUCCAGACCUGGUCUCCCUCCAGGGCAGGACAUGGGCUUCUCAGAGCUGCCUGCUGCAGCCUACCAGCCAAUCUCCAUUCACGGGACUCUGCCUCGACGCAAGAGGGGAGUUACCAACAUCACCCACGGGAACUACACCUGGGACCCCAGAGCCAAUCACACGCCGCCAUUGGCUGCGGCCAAUCAACCUUUGACCUCUCCACUGGUCCAAAAUAUCAUUGACGACUUCCGCGGUUACAGGGAGCCUGCUGCCGGCCUGGAUGCCACGGUGGACUAUGUUAAGUUCUCCAGAGAUCAGUUCAUUCUGGACUGUCCUUCAGAAAAACUUCGCAGAGAGCUGGAGGAAGAACUGAAGAUGAACUGUGAGGAGCCGAGAAGCCACGCAUGGUACCACGGAGCAAUUCCCAGACAGGUCGCAGAAAACUUGGUGCAGCGUGAUGGAGAUUUCUUGAUCCGUGAUUCACUGUCGAGUCCAGGAAGUUAUGUUCUGACCUGCCAAUGGCGAAAUGCUGCCCAGCACUUUAAAAUCAACAAGAAGGUGGUGAUGCUGAAUGAAGCCUACUCCAGAGUCGAGUACCGGCUAGAAAGAGAAGGGUUUGACAGUGUCCCUGCACUUAUUAGAUACUACGUCGGCAAUAGAAAACCUGUCUCACAGGUGGUAGGAGCCAUAAUCUUCCAGCCAAUCAACAGAGGCCUUCCGCUACGCUGCUUGGAGGAAAAGUACGGAUUAUCCAGCGGUCAUCGAGAGGCGGGGCUUAUGGUACAAGAGAGGCGGAGUCAGAAACGUCUCAGCCUCAACAUCACCAACGGACACACGCACAACAACACACACACCGUGCACGACAGCACACACUGCCAGGACAACGGCAUGGGCCGAGGCAGCCAGCUCAGGUUGAAGGAUCGCUGUGGCAGCCAACCAGCAAGUCUCAAUCAAGUCCAGGAGAGGCGACGCCCACUCAAGGCGCACCAGUCAGAGAGCUUCUUACCUCUUGGAUCCAAACCCCAUCCCCAGCAGCCUCCUGACCAGCUCCUUCCCAGCCCUAACCCCAAGUCUCCAGUGUUUCGGACGGGCAGUGAACCGGUACUGAGCCCCUCUGUCCCACGGAGAUCAGCAGAGCCUCUGGCAGGCCAGGCGAUCCGGGGAUCUGACAGCCAGCUGUGUCCUAAACCGCCACCCAAACCCAGCAAAGUGCCGCUGGCUCGACUGCCUCGCUCCCCCUGCCUUCAGCCCCUGGUUCCCCCUUCCAGCUCCUCCAGCCACACAGACUCCUCCUCAGCCUCCUCCAUCUUUGCUGCACCUUCCCCGGAUUCCACAUGUGUGGAAAGUCCUUCUUCUACAUGGAGGAGUGGAGUCACCACAGGCCCUCCUGUUCCUCCAGUGAAGCCCCUGAAGUUUCAUCAUCAGCUCCUCUCUGCAGACUCCUACAGCUCCUCCAGUUCUUUACCUUCACCUCCUGAACCGGUUCACUAUCCAGAUUCAGAGACAAUAGCAGGACGGACUGAACAGCUGCAGCCGAGCCCUGCAGAUCUGAGGUCCUGCAGCCCGCUGGAGUGGGAGGAACCAAACUCGCCAAACUCCAUCACAGACGACGCCCUCGGACUUCAGCUGCCGCCCUGCAGCUAUGUGGAGAGGCUGAGGAGAGAGGCGGAAGGAGGGAGAGAGGAGGAGGGGGAGGGCAAGGAGGCGGGAGGUCGCAGAGGACUGGACAGAAGCUCCUACCAUCACGCCAUCGCAGCCUUAGAAAACACCAGCGAGGAAGAGGAGGAGGAUGCAGGGAGGGAGGAGGAGAAGGAUAAGACGAGGGACAAAGAGAGGAGCAGUUUCCAGCGGCCGGUCAUUGAAACGGAGUCGACGUUCAGACCAGCAGAGUUCGGAUCUCGACUCCUGCCGCCAGAAAACAAACCACUGGAGAUGGUGGUGUUGAAGAAAGCGAAGGAGCUGCUGCUCAGCCACAAUCACCACAGUAUAGCCAGACACCUGCUGAUGGCUGACUGCCAGGUUGCCAGGAUACUGGGAGUAACUCCAGAUCUUAAAGGUCAGAUGGGCGUCUCCUCCGGUCUGGAGCUGGUGACGCUGCCACACGGUCGACAGCUGAGACUGGACCUGAUGGAAAGACACCACACCAUGGCGAUAGGUGUUGCUGUGGAUAUCCUGGGAUGUACGGGUAGUGUGGAGGAGCGGGCAUCCACGCUGAAUCGCAUCAUCCUGGUCGCGUUGGAGCUGAAGGACACGGUGGGCGACCUGUUCGCUUUCACGGCCCUGAUGAAAGCUCUGGACCUGCCGCAGAUCAGCCGUUUGGAAGAAACAUGGACGACUCUACGAAGGAACUACACACAGACUGCCAUCAGCUACGAGAAAACACUCAAACCUUUCUACAAGAAUCUGUAUGAGGGCACAGCCGCCCCUCCUCCAGUGGUCUGUGUCCCCCUCCUGCUGCCACUCCUCACUUUGAUGGAGCGUCCCUCCGUUACACCUGAGGGGGCGGAGCUCUGGGAGACCAGCGACCAGGGCUGUGACAUCAUGCUGCGCCACCUGGAGGCAGCACGCGAUGUCGCACACAACACAAAGAGCUACACCGCCAACGCACAGAAGAUCCUUCAAGGGUUUCAGAUUGAUGAAGACCUGCUGGAGGUGUUUAAAACAGAUUUUCAGCUGCGGCUGCUGUGGGGAAGCCGGGGAGCUUCAGUCAACCAAUCAGAUCGCUACAACAAAUUCAACCUCAUCCUCACUGCCCUGUCAAGGAAACUGGAGCCCCCACCCAAAACACAAACCUUAAUCUGACUUAAUCCGAGCAACAACAUGAAUACUGACUCACCCUGGAACCAAUGAAACCUUAACACGAAAAUCACAUCAAGUGGAUCAAAAACCAGCUGUGAUGAAGGGAAGAUGAGAAAAAAACACACCAAAACAAAGCAGCGAGUUACAAGUGAUCAGUCAGUCUGAGGCAGCACGAGGGUUUCAGCACCGAGCAUCCCGCAUAGACUAUGAUCCACCCCACCUGUGGGACACUGUGGCCUGCACGUGUGUAUCAAACUCAGUCUUCACACAACCUUGACAAAUUAUACUCUGUUUGAUGUCUCCUGAUCAUAUCUGUACAGAGCAUUUUAGGAUCCUCACAUCACUGCAACAGCUGAUACAGAACAGGUGCAGACUUACAGCCACAGGUUCAAAGUGUUUUCCACAGCAAAGGUACGACCACUGGCCUUAUAUUCAUUCACAUUCAAAAAAAUUAAUAAAUAGGCCUAAAAAAUAUGGAUUUCUAUCAUGUUUGUGCCUCUGGAACUGUAAUCAAAAGUAACGCUUUUAUUUUACAUUCUUAUAAGGCUUGUGCACAAAUGUGGAGAUGAUCAUCUAUAUUUUCUUUUUUCAGUUUAAAAGCACUCUUUGUCAGGUAAAGUCAGAGUUAUUUACAUACCAAUAUCACAGAUCACAAAUUUGACUCAGGGGACUUUAAAAUCUUUAAAGCUUAGACGCCCUCUGUCUUCAAUUCAGAUGAAGGAAAUGAGUUAGAGCAGCAGAGGAAAGAUUAACAGAGUAAAACUGCCACAAUUAUAGACCGCUGGAUAAAUUUGUCACUGUGAACGUGAACCUGCGAAAAGUCAACUUUUCAGAAGCUGAGAAAAACAGACACUGUUGCCAACUUUUACUCAACACUGAUGCGGCAUUUAAGACAACCUCUGAUAAACUGGUGAUGGUAGCAGCACUUCAAAACCAACGAAACAAUCUGCUUCAGUUUAACUAUUUAUUUUCUUAUGCUGACAAACUUUCAUCAGAGCACAAGACCGGAAAGCUCCUCAUUUACUGGGAAUAAGGAAUCGUGCCCAACAUUAGAGACGGUAUGUCACAGAAAUGUCCAUCAGUCCCAUCAGUUAUGAUUAUGUUUUACUCACAUUCAUUUUUUUUGUGGGGUCUGGAGACGCAGCAGCCACAGGUCACAAAACUCCUUGAUGUUUUGACAACAAACAUAACGGUUAAAGUGGUCAUGUGUGUUAGAACAGAGCAGACAAGAGACUCUUAUGGGGAUACGCUGAUUUGGAAAUUUGGACAGGCUCUAGCUUUGCUUUUACUCUGACAUUCCAGUUAAUCAAGAAUUUAUUUCUUCGACAAGGCUGAAAGAGGAAAUCAGCAAGUGCAAAUACAUUAACAGUCAAGUAUCCAUUUAAAGACGAGAGUGUAACCCCAUUCAAAAAUAAAAGUUAAAAAGCACGGAGGGAGAAAUGAGGAAGGAAAAACACCUACAAAGUCAACGUCUUUGUAUGUUGUCUUCAUGGAAAAAGUGUAUUUAACAGUAUAAUGAAUGACUGAGGCGUCAGCCUGUUCUUCGCUUCUGAAGACUGUCGGCUGCAUUUACUCAAACAUUUAACUCUGUGUGACCUUUGACACCAAACCACCUGAUCAGUUUGUUGCUGGUUUAACAAGCGAGAAAAAGGUCAAACAGUUCAGAUAAAUAACACGUAAAAAUGAAUUUUCCCUGAAGCAUUUCUGACAUGAUUUUUCCUCAAAUCAGCAGACAACAAAGACACAGGAGCAAAACAAAUCUGAUACUUGCAAAUAAUUAAAAAUCCAAACUUUCUGUAGUCUUUUUGUCCUCACAUCCUGGGUUUGUAGAGAAACACAAAAGCAACUGACAAAUAAUUAAAAAAAAAUGGUUUUAUGUAGAAACUUCAUUUGUGCGUAAAACCACAAGAACCAAUUUAAAAAAAAGUGUUAACGAGAGAGACUGAGGCUGUAUAUAUUUGAAGCAUCAGCAUGUUAAUAGAAGACUGUAUAUAUUUUCUGUAGAAGACUGUAAAAAAGAUGUUGUUGAAUCUUAAUGUUUAUAUUAUUAUGAACUAUGGUGGUAAGAUAUAAUAAAUACGGUGUAUGAUC